AUGAGACAAACAAGGCACGCAACUAACUUCCCUUCACAGCUUCCACUCUCUUCAUCAGCCUUUGUCCUACACCACUCUGGCCCGAGCAGCUACUCUUCCGAUAAAAUCCGAGGUUUUGUUACUAAAGAGCGACUUCAGCAGCUGACGGGUCACUUAAUGAGGAGCCAUACAACCUGGUCUAAGAUCGUUGAGAAGUUCGUAGGCAAGAACGAGACAACCGAUAGCGAACCUCCCAAGGUGGACAUUCCCGAGGAAGCGACAAAGGAGCAAGCUACCGAUAUGAGCAAAUCUCCCGGUGUGACGAGUAUUGAUAAGGUGGUUGAAGACAAAAGCAUCAACUUCCACCCUGGCCAUCACCAGAACCAACACCGCACAAGGACUUUCAUAGAGAUGGGUGGCGCAGUCAACUGGCAGCCGCUAAUGGCAACCAUGCUUAAUCACUUGCCGAUCACUGUAUGCAAUCCCCGGAAAGGCUUUUGGGAUCAAAGCAUUACGCAACAGGCCAAGGAUGAAUUCUUCAAACAACAGGUCGUCUGGGAGCUAGAUGCACUAGAACAAGCAGAUGUCAUCUGUUUCUUUUUCGAUACCGAGACUAAGAGCCCCGUGUCUCUCCUCGAGCUGGGUCUCUGGACUGCAUCCGAUAAGGUUGUUGUUUGCUGCGGAGAAGCAUACUGGAAAUCGGGAAAUGUCCAUCUCACAUGUGACCGGUAUGGUGUCAAAUGUGUCGAGACAUUCGCAGAAUUGGUGCCCGAGGUCGAGAAGAUGCUCACGGCGAAGGGCAUGAAACUUGACGACAAUGGCGACUUGAUCGGGGAGAACAUACACGUGCAAAAAGAGAAGCCAAAGAAGAAGUCGCAGCUUGAGGCAGAGAAGGCAGACUUGCAGAGACAAGUCGAUGAUCUGCUAGCCAAGCUGGCGGUACAGUCGAACAUGUGA